ACCUAUGAGAGACCCUUCAGAGCAGCAGAACCUAGAGAGGGGGGGCUACUGCAACUACUGGGGGAUGUCACCCCCCCCAAACACCAGCCCAAGCCCUCUAUCCUACACACCACACCACUGCCCCCACACACACUCACACACCAACCCCAACAGCAACACACACAGCCACCAAAACUCACACACCAACAUACACACAGUCCAGCCUGGGCCACGCCUCCCUCCGCAUCUCCAGCCAAUCCAGUGCAUGCUGAGCCUAGCAGAGAACCAGCGGGAGCCAAUAGGAGCCCUCUCUCUGACCUGGCCCCUUCCUUCCUCAAGCCUCCAAUGAAGAGCGUCCCAGGAAGCCCCUCCCCUCGCUCUUAUAGCCCCUCCCCCCAUCGACACCUGAGCCCUGAUCCCGUGUUGCCCGUAGUAACGGACGCUAGCAUUCUAAACCUGACCUCUCUCUCCAGAGGGCGGGGCUUACAGGAGGUCAGUGAGCAGCUGUUUGGAAACAUCAAGAGGAAGUACGGCAGGAAGGACCCCCAGAGGACUCAGGGUAAUACCCACAAUGCAGAGCUGCCAUUGGGGAGGAGGGCAGAGAAAGAUGCGGAGAGUCCAAUAGUUCCAGAUGAAAGGCAGAAGUACAGGAGGGAGGAGACCCCUGAGUUGGAGAGAGAAGAGAAGGAGAGCAUAGGGAGGACAGGAGAGGAGGAGGAGGAGAUGGAGAGGGAGAUGCCAACGCUUGGUGCUCCUGUGCUGAUGGAGGAGGGAAAAGGGAGGAAGAGGAGGAGGAGGCGGUCUCUCCAGGAGUCACUCACCCAGGAGGACCAAUCGGAGCAGCAGCAGGGCACUGACAUCACAGAGAGGAAUGAAUCAGGGCCUCCGGAGCCCAAAGUGUCCCACAAAAUGCAAGGUCACAAGAUGGACUCAUACAGGAGUGAGUCUAGGUCAGGUCGGGGUGGGGAGGGUAGCCAGCCAGAGGCAGACGGGGACAGAGGAGAGAAUGGGGAGAAAGGAGAAAGAGCAGAGAAGGAAGAGAGAACAGCGAGAGGAGACAAAGGAGAGAGAACAGGGAGAGGAGAGAGAACAGGGAGAGGAGAGAGAACAGGGAGAGGAGAGAGAGAGAACAGAGAGAGGAGAGAGAACAGAGAGGGGGAUGAGUGGGGCCGACAUGGAAUCAGCCAUGAUCCAGAGCCGGGUGAGGAAAAACCCAGUUGGCCGUCCUAGAUCAUCCACAGACUCCCACAAACACCCUGACCCUAACCCCAGACUGCCUAGCCCUAACCUCAACCAUAUCCCUAGUCCAAGAUCCAGCCUCAACCCUAACCCUAGACCGCCCAACCUAUGCCCCAGCCUUAACCCUAACCCCAACACCAGCCCAAAACCCAGCCCUUACCCCAGACCCCCCAAGACCAAGGACCGGUGGUCCUACCUCAAGUCCCGAAGCUCCCCCAGCCUGAUCCAGAGGGAGAGUGGCCACAGUCCCCUGACAGCCAUGUCUGAGCCCCCCUCUGCAUUCCCCAUCACCCCCUCCAGCCCUCUGUACACCAACACAGACAGUCUGACUGUCCACACCCCCGCCAAGCGCAAACGAGGUCGUCCCAAAAAACAACCCCUGCUCACUGUGGAAACCAUCCAUGAGGGUACUUCCACCUCCCCCCUGAGCCCUCUGGCCCGGGACAGCCCCGCGGGGCUCAGCCGCAGGAAGAAGACUCACGCGCUAACCACACUAGCCCAAAUCGCAUCUGGUUCCACUAGCCCCAAUGCUAAUGGGUUGAAACUGAAGCGCAGUGAGAGUGGCCAUGUCAGGUCGGUGAAGAGGCUGAAGCUGGGGAAUGUGCAGAGCAUCCUGAAUGAGAUCCUAUCAGGCUCCAGCCAACAUGGCAGCCUGGCGCUGAAGUCCGCCUCGGCUCCCGUCUCUUCCACCAUGACGGCCAUGGCCUCUACCAUUGAGGCGCAUCUGGGGAAGCAGAUCAACGUCAGUAAGAGAGGAACCAUCUAUAUCGGGAAGAAGAGAGGGAGGAAGCCACGCUCCGACACCCAAACCCUUCCCCACAGAGGCGGGGCCAAGCCUCUUUUGCCUGUCCCCAUGUCCAGCCUGUACAACAGCCUCCUAGUGCCUUCCACCCUCCCUCCCAGCUCCACUACCCUCCUCCUCAGACCCAGUCACACCCUAUCCUCUCUGUGCCCCCCCGGCCCUCGCGGCACCUACUCUGACGCCACCAUGCCCAGCCUGCAGCCCAUCAGUACCCUGCCCUCUAAACCCCCAGGCAGGGGGCUACUGGGGGCCGGCUGGAAGCUGUCUCCCCCGCGCCUCCUGGCCAACUCCCCGUCCCACCUAUCUGAGGGGGCAGCGUCCGUCAAGGAGGUGACGCUGUCACCCAUCAGCGAAUCACACAGCGAGGAGACCAUUCCCAGCGACAGCGGCAUAGGAACGGACAACAACAGCACCUCUGACCAGACAGAGAAGGGAACUAACGCACGACGCAGGUAUCUAUCUCUCUAUGAGUGAGUGAGUGAGUGAGUGACUGAGUGACUGAGUGCGUGAGUGCGUGCAUGCAUGAGUGUGUUAGUUAGUUAGUUAGUUAGUAGUGAGUGAGUAAGUGAAUGCAUUAGUAUGUUCAUUAGUUAGUAGUAAGUGAAUGAGUUAGUGAGUGUGUUAGUUAGUUAGGUAGGUAGGUAGGUAGUUAGUUAGUCGAUGUUGCCCAGGGGUUUGGUUGAAACCACAAUAGCAACAUUGUACAUCCAGUUGACAGGUUUAUGUUGUGUGUUGCAGAUACUCAUUUGACCUGUGUGGGUUUGAGGCUGCGGAGGCUGCAGUUCUGGAGGCAUCCAGUCGCGGCAGUAGGGGUCGCUGUGUGCGGCAGGCGGCAGUGGUGGACAACUUCCUGUCCCAGCAGGAGAAGAAGCAGAAACACCGCAGGAAGAGGAAGUGCCUGCAGAGCCGAGACCACCUGCACUUCCUGUCUGAGCUAGAAGAGGUAUCAAAUCAAACUUCCUAUUAAAAUCUCAUCAAACUUAGUGUAGGAGUAGGAUGAAGUUACCACUAGACUUAUUGUAUAUUAUGUCACAGAGAUUUUAGAGGAAGGGUUCAUUGUGAUGUCUGGAAUAGAACAAAUUGAAACCCCAUGUGUUUGAUGUGUUUGAUAUCUUUCCAUUCAUUUCAUUCCAGCCAUUACAAUGAGCCCAUCUUCAUAUAUUUCUAUAUAGGCCCACAAGUCUCCUCUGGUAUUAUACACUGAGUGGACAAAACAUUAGGAACUCUUUCCAUAACAUAGACUGACCAGGUGAAUCCAGGUGAAAGCUAUGAUCCCUUAUUGAUGUCACAUGUUAAUUUCACUUCAAUCAGUGUAGAUGAAGGGGAAGAUUUUUAAGCCUUGAGACAAUUGAGACAUGGAUUGUGUAUGUGUGCUAUUCAGAGAGUUAAUGGGCAAGACAAAAGAUUUAAGUGUCUUAAACGGGGUAUGGUAGUAGGUACCAGAAUGUUAAUAAAAUUGGCACAAGUAAUAGCACAUUUCCAUGGAGGCUGCUAGCUAAAUAUGCUAACGAGCGCAAACAGAAUUUUUUUGGUGGGGGGAAAAGACAGGCAAUCCAGCUCAUAAAGUUAUACAUAUAUAGGUAGCUACCGAAUGUCAUUUUUGGUGAGUUUGGACAUUUACAAGCGAAUGUGAACGAGAGACAUUGUGCAAAUGAACAAAGUUUUGAGGCAUGCUUGUCUGAAGGAAGAACAGUACUGGCUCUGGAGCAGCAUGUGUACACGCUGUGUCUGUGUGGUGUCUGGAGUCGCUAGGGCAACGGGCCUGCCUGCUCUACUCGAAGAAGGGGGGGAAGGAGCAGAUGGGCCGAGAACGGAGAGGAGAAAAAACACAAGGAAAUCAAGAUAGCAGGCAGCUGUAAAUAUUUCUCAAAAGAAAGCUCACAUUAUAUGAUGCACCAUCUCUUUAUUAAUUCAGCCACUUACUUAGAUAACUAGCAAGUUAAACUAAGGGGUUGCGUUAAUGCAGAAUUCUGCAGUUAUCAUACAGAAAAAAAGAAACAACGCAUAAGAAAUAUCUGCGUUUUGUAAACUCAGAUCUAAAAUGCUUCUUAUUGUAAUUUCUGCUCGGCAUCAGACUAAUUUUAUGCUUCUGUUGCACUUCUCCACUCGGAUAAGAAUUCACAAACGGGCAUUCUAUUAGCAGACAGCACUCUGAUGUGUAACUACUUUUCUCCAGGACAUUUCUCGGUGUAGCCAACUUACUUUUCUCUGGUAAAAUGCAAGAUUAACUUUAAGCAAAACAUUAGGAAAUGUAGCUGGCUACAUUCUUUCUAUGAUAAACAUUAUAAAUAUGAUAGCCAUGUAUCGUUUUUGCAAAAAAAUACCUUGCUUUUUCAUUGUAAGCUAAUUUACAAAUGUGUGGCUACCACUUCUGUUGUCAUCUGAUGAAAAUGAAGCUAUUUUCUGCCGAAUGUGUUGCACUAAUGUAUUUUCUGUGAAGUAAAACUAUACAGUGAGGGGAAAAAAGUAUUUGAUUCCCUGCUGAUUUUGUACGUUUGCCCACUGACAAAGAAAUGAUCAGUCUAUAAUUUUAAUGGUAGGUUUAUUUGAACAGUGAGAGACAGAAUAACAACAAAAAAAUCCAGAAAAACACAUGUCAAAAAUGUUAUAAAUUGAUUUGCAAUUUAAUGAGGGAAAUAAGUAUUUGACCCCCUCUCAAUCAAAAAGAUUUCUGGCUCCCAGGUGUCUUUUAUACAGGUAAAGAGCUGAGAUUAGGAGCACACUCUCUUAAAGGGAGUGCUCCUAAUCUCAGCUUGUUACCUGUAUAAAAUACACCUGUCCACAGAAGCAAUCAAUCAAUCAGAUUCCAAACUCUCCACCAUGGCCAAGACCAAAGAGCUCUCCAAGGUGCAUCUGAAGUUUGCCAAUGAACAUCAGAAUGGUUCAGAGGAGAACUGGGUGAAAGUGUUGUGGUCAGAUGAGACCAAAAUAGAGCUCUUUGGCAUCAACUCAACUCGCCGUGUUUGGAGGAGGAGGAAUGCUGCCUAUGACCCCAAGAACACCACCCCCACCUUCAAACAUGGAGGUGGAAACAUUAUGCUUUGGGGGUGUUUUUCUGCUAAGGGGACAGGACAACUUCACUGCAUCAAAGGGACGAUGGACGGGGCCAUGUACCGUCAAAUCUUGGGUGAGAACCUCCUUCCCUCAGCCAGGGUAUUGAAAAUGGGUCGUGGAUGGGUAUUCCAGCAUGACAAUGACCCAAAACACACUGCCAAGGCAACAAAGGAGUGGCUCAAGAAGAAGCACAUUAAGGUCCUGGAGUGGCCUAGCCAGUCUCCAGACCUUAAUCCCAUAGAAAAUCUGUGGAGGGAGCUGAAGGUUUGAGUUGCCAAACGUCAGCCUAGAAACCUUAAUGACUUGGAGAAGAUCUGCAAAGAGGAGUGGAACAAAAUCACUCCUGAGAUGUGUGCAAAACGUCUGACCUCUGUGAUUGCCAACAAGGGUUUUGCCACCAAGUACUAAGUCAUGUUUUGCAGAGGGGUCAAAUACUUAUUUCCCUCAUUAAAAUGCAAAUCAAUUUAUAACAUUUUUGACAUGCGUUUUUCUGGAUUCUUUCUUGUUAUUCUGUCUCUCACUGUUCAAAUAAACCUACCAUUAAAAUUAUAGACUGAUCAUGUCUUUGUCAGUGGGCAAAGGUACAAAAUCAGCAGGGGAUCAAAUACUUUUUUCCCUCACUGUAGUUGCAUGCCACUGAUUACUCUUGAAGCAAAAAAACACUGUUGGCUUUCAAUAUAAAACGCGACCCAUGUCAAUACACAGCUGGACUCACCUGCUCCUGCUUUCUCCAGUUGUGCUAUUUACAAACAAUCAAACAUGUCACUGGCUCAACUGUUCUGGAGAACUAUGGUAAGCUUCAUAAUGUAAAAUAAUGUGACAAGUGAAAUGAAGAACGCGAUCUGCUUUAUUUCCUAACAUAUUGCACAAGUUGACUGCAGGUAUUUACUUAAGAAAUAGCUACAAAUAUUAAAAUGUAUUGAAAAACUUCAAAUAAAUAGUUUAGACGGUAUUGACGCUAUUGUAAAACCAUCACAUGGCUAUUUCCAAAUACCACGGUAUACGGUAUACUGCCUAAGCCUAUUAUCCAGUACUGAUUUAAUAUGACUGUAUUAAAUGAUCCAGUACUGAUGUGGCCUCCUCCUCUCCUCUGCCAGGUGGUGGUGAAGCUGCAGCAGCUACAUGUGUCUCACCGACGGUACGCCUCCUGCUACCCCCAGCACCCCUACCCCUCCAUCUUCCGCCUCAAUUUCCACCACCACUACUACCCCCUGACCUACGACCCCUACCCCUGUGACCCCGCCCCUUACUUGCGCAGGACCGCCGAGCUCAAGGCCAAGAGGAGGCGCGGCCGGCCCGCCAAAGCCAGUGAGCCAAUCACGUCCAAGCUGCCUUUUGUCCAGGGGUUUGGGUAUCCACUUGCAGGGGGGAACUACUAUGCACCGUAUGCCAUGCCUUACGCCCCGCCUCUGAGCCUGGGCUACUACCCCCCAGCACCCCCCCUCUACCUGCCCCACCAUCCCCACGGCCCUUCACCACCCUCCCACUUCAUGAGGCCUGCCGUCCCCCCUCCUAAGUUCCACUCUGGGGGUCACUCCAAGCUCCAGGCCGGAGCCAAGCUACGGACGUCUAGCGGCCCACUACAGGGUUCCUCUGGUCGGGGAGAAGGACUGGGAUCCCUGGGCGGUGAUGGUGGUGGAGGUCUUGGAGGGGUGAGGCUCCACAAGAGGAAACACAAGCACAAACACAAGCACAAGGAAGAGACCCCCCUCCUCUCACCCCAUGAUAGACAGGAGCUGGGUGGGCUCUUCAGUGGUGCCAAGACCAAUGGGCUGCUCAACCUGUUGACUGACAGGCGGGAGAUGAACAAUCCGAAGCGUCAGGAGAAGCAAAGGGGGGGUGGGCGAGGCUCUAGAGGGGAGUCCAGAGGAGCGAUGUUUGAGUCGGACCCUCUCUCUUCUAUCUCCAUGGACCAUGUCCAGUUCCGCCCACGUAUGCCCGGACAGCCAAUGAGCAGCUUCCUGAGCAGCUACAGCAGCCAAUCACAGCGGCCAGAGAUGACCUCUGACCUUUUCAGAUUGCGGGAGGAGGGCAGUGGGCACGGCAGAAGGAGAGGUUUAGCAGUGUUCGGAGAGGAAGGGGUGAUGUCAUUCCACAAUGCCAGGAAAGAGAAGAGCCAGGAAACAGAAGAGUCGUUCCACAAUGCCAGCCCCACUCUAACAGGUAACGACUUAUUACUGACAGUCACAGGCUUAUUACCAUGUUAUAAUACAGCCCCACUCUCUCCAGAUAUCUGAUUGUUCAGAUUUAGCUCCAAAUAUAUUUUUGUACCGAUGCACUGCAUGUAUUAAUUCCAGUCCCUAUAGUGAAAACAACAUCAGUAAUUCCUUCUUCUUCAUAAUUUUAAUGUAAUACUUUUUUUUUUACAUAAACGGUAUAUAUUUAUGAUAUGGAUAGCAUAUAAGAUUUCUUCCCAGUUUUCAGAGCAGACAGGUGAACAUGUGUAAGCCUAUAGCAGACAACGAGGCAGUCAGCUCCUAAAACACUAAAUACUGAACAAAUGUGUUUUUGGUACAUUCUGUAUUCUGAGUGCAGCGAGCACAUCUGGCCAGAGAGAGAGAGAAUGAAACGCAUGGCUGGAAAGGACUAUAAUUCACCAAUCUCUCCCUCCCUCCAUCCAUUCCUCCCAGCCUGCCAAUGGUUGGUCCCAGAGAUAUAUGAUUCUCAGGUUGUGAUUUAUAUUCUCCAGACAGGCAGUAAAAGGCAGUGGCUGUGUUAACAGAGCUGGCCACCAGCCAGGGCUUUAAUGAGUGGGGCCUAGUCCAGUGGAGGGGGAGAGAAGCCAGGGGCUCACUUAGAUUACAUCCCCCUACCCGGGGGACCUGCGGGGGUUGACUCACACACACUACCCCCUCGCCCUAAUCCCCCUUUUUCCCCCCUUUUUUCUCUCUCCCUUCCUCCAUCUCUCCUUCUGCUCUAGACAGGUUAUACCCCUUAUUUUUCUCUAUUCCCUCACGUCACUCUCUCCUCUCCCUGUACCCUAUCUUUUCACCUCUACUCCCUCUCUCUCACUACACUCUCCCCUCUACUAUACUCUCUUUCCUGUCUCCCUCUCUCUCCUCCCUCUCUCCUCUCUUCACUCCCUCGCUCCUCUCUUCACUCCCUCUUCCCUCUCUUCACUCCUCCUUCACUCCCUCUAUCUCCUCACUCUCAUCUCUCUCCUCUCUCUCUCAUCUCUUCUCUCUUAACUCCCUCUCUCUCUCACUCUCCUCUCUCUCCUCUCCCUCCCUCUCUCUCCCUCUCUUCACUCUCUCUCCUCCCUCUCUCUCCUAUCUUCAAUCUCCCUCUCCGUCUCCUCUCCUCCUCAUCUCUCCUUCACUUCACUUCCCUCUCUCCUCUCUCCUCCCUCUCUUCUCACUCUACCAGCAUGACUUACUGCUAUGCUCCACAGGCCAGCCCGAGCCCAAUUAAAACACACACACGUGCACUUACACUCUCUGGCAUACACACACACUCUGAUCUAAAAUUCAUAUUAUUCUCCACUCUUGUGUGAUUGAAUGUGUUUCUAAAUAAUUUCCUCCCUGUGAUUGGGUGUUUAUCUGAACCUGAUUUGAACUGUGUGUGUUUGUGCUCCCACUAAUCAGCAGGUUCCACUGCAGCUGACAGCAAUCUCACAAAAUCAUUUGUAUAAAAGCAGGUCAUCCUUUUUGCAGAGUUAAUGAGAGUGAUGUUCUCUGCGCGUGCACACACACGCACACGCACACACACACACGCACACACACACACACACAUGCACACACACACACACACACACACACACACACACACACACACCACACACACACACACACACACACACACACACAAACACAAACACAAACACAAACACACAAACACAAACACACAAUAGAAUCCUUCCUCCUGCAGUUGGCUGAAUGCUCUGGAUAGCAGUGUACCUUAAACACAGAUCUAGGAUCAGCUUACCAUAGCCAAAUCUUAACCAAUAGGGUGAAGGACACAAAACAGAACUGCCCUCAGAUCAGAUCAGCCACAGAGCUAUAGACACUGAAGAACUGCUGAAGGUCAUAAUUUUUAUGAUGCAUAUAUGCAGCUCAUACAUUUCUGCUACUUAGUGUGUGUGUACGUGUGUGUGUCUGUGUGUCCGCACCUCAUAAAUUGCUGCUACUCAGUGCUUAGUGUAUUAGACUAAUGACUCUUUGUCUCAGUAGAAGAGAGGCUAUGGACAGGAGGCUUUAUUAUACGGACACUAAAUGCUUUAUUCUCAUCACAUCUUUCAUAUCUAUAAACACUCAAUCAUGAUCAUAAUAUGAUGAAGAUCUCAAAACCUUUGGGCAAGUUUACAAUUUUAGAGUCAGGAGUAAACAGUUUGUCUUUUGAAAUCAUCAGCAAGCAUUUGAUAGCUUGGAAUACCGAUGAUGGACAGAUUAUGAAUGAAUUUGUGUCAUACUUCCUGUUGUCUUUCAAGUAAUAUUAUACUAUUCACAUUUAUAUUGGUCUAUCUAGCACAUUAAUUGUUAGUUAGGACUGUGUUAGUACUGUUACAUUGUCAUAUCUUAGAACACUUCUGAGGAAAACCCAGAGAUACUGAAGAACCACAGUGAAUAUAAGAGCGAGAGAGGGAGAGGAGGAUGGCGAGAGCAGGGAGGAUAGAGAGAGGGAGAGAGCAGGGAGGAUAGAGAGAGGGAGAGAGCAGGGAGGAUAGAGAGAGGGAGAGAGCAGGGAGGAUAGAGAGAGAGGGAGAGAGCAGGGAGGAUAGAGAGAGGGAGAUGGCAGGGAGGAUAGAGAGAAGUGAGGAUAGAGAGAGGGAGAGAGCAGGGAGGAUGAGGAGGGAGGAUGAGAAGGGGCAGGGAGGAUAGAGAGGGAGAGAGCAGGGAGGAUAGAGAGCAGGGAGGAUAGAGAGAGGGAGAGAGCAGGGAGGAUAGAGAGAGGGAGAGAGCAGGGAGGAUAGAGAGCAGGAGGAAGAGAGAGAGGGAGAGAGCAGGGAGGAUAGAGAGGGAGAGAGCAGGAGGAUUAAAGAGUGAGAGAGCAGGGAGGAAUAGAGCAGGGAAAGAGCAGGUGAGAUAGAGAGCAGGGAGUAUAGAGAGUCAGGGAUGAUAAGAGAGGGAGAGAGCAAGGAGGAUGAAAGGAGGGAGGUAGAGAGAGGGAAGAGCAGGAAAGAGUAGUAGAAGCAGGGAGGAUAGAGAGAGGGAGGAUAGAGAGAGGGAGGGAGUUCAGGAUGAUAGGAGGGGAGAGAGGAUGAAGGAUAGGAUAGAGAGGGGAUUAGAAGAGGAUGAUGAUAGGGAGAGCAGGGAGAUAAAGAGAGGAGGAGAAAGCAGGGAGGAUAGAGAAGGAGAGGGGGAGAGAUAGGAGAGAAAGCAUAGAGGAGGAGAGAUCAGGGAUAGGGAGAAAGCAGGCAGUUGGAUGAGAGCAAGGGAUAAGCAGGGACAUGGCGGGCAGGGAGGAAGAGAAAAGCAGGGCGGAUAGAGAGGGGAGAGCCGAUAGUGAGGGAGAGACAGGGAGAGAAAGGGAUAGAGAGAGCAGGAGGAUGAUAGAGGCAGGCGUGAUUAGAUUGCGAAGGAGGAAAGCAGAGUAUGCGACCAGGGAGUGAUCUGGAGUUUAGAGCAGGAGGAUUGGGAGAGAGCAGGGGGAUAGAGCGAGGGGAGAGCAGGGAGAUAGAGAGAGGGAGAGAGCAGGGAGGAUAGAGACCAGGGAGGAUAGAGAGAGGGAAAGAGGAGAUAGACAGGGAGGAUACUUAAAAGGGAGAUAGAGAUGGACAUGCAUAGAGAGAAGAUAUAGAGAGCAGAUAUAGAUCGAGAGGAGCAGAUUUAUGAGAGCAGGGAGGCUGAGUCUGGGAUGAUAUAGCAGGGAUGGAUUAUAGAGAGGGAGAUAGCAGGAGUGAUCAUCGAGAGAGGCAAGGAUCUAGAGAGAGUCUUAUAGAGAAGAGUGAGAGAGAAAUCAAGAGACGGGGAAUGGAGGGAGAGAGAACGAGGGGAAUGGAGGACAGGCAAAAGGCACAUUAAAGGCGGCUGGUUUGGGCCUGUUUUGUCUGAUUGUGCUUUUCCUCCAUUUUGGCUUUGGUCCAGUCUGGGAACAUAGCCCAGAGAGAAGGGGGGAGGGAGGGAGAGUGAUGUGUGUAUGAAGGGCAGGGUGCCCAGUUUACCAGCAUGAAGGAAACAAUAUGGUUCCAGUUUCCUCUGCUCAGCCACUCUUAUGCUGUGUGUGUGUGUGUGUGUGUUUGUUUGCUGUGCGUUUGUGUGAAUAUGUGUGGUGCGUGUGUCUGGCCUGUCUGUGCUCCAGAUGCGUAGAAACACUAUUGUGUAGAGACACAUUUAAUGGUUGAAGGAGACAUUUCUGUGGAUUUCCUGCUAGCAGAAUGGAAGCUCCACACUCAAUUCAGUUCAAUUCAAAGGGGCUUUAUUGGCCUGGGAAACGUCUCUCUCUCCAUCACUCGCUCUCCUCUCCGCUCUUUAGCACAGUAUGGAAUCUCUACUUCUAUCUCAGCUGCAAUGCAGGCCUGAAUAUGGUGGAAAUUAGCAGGAAGCAGCUCAAACAAAAACAGUGUUUCUGUCAAUGAGCAAAAUGUGCGUAUGUCUCAUCCAAUUUUUGCAUUCAGGCCAAUUCUUUCUUGCUGACAUUGUCUUGUGAACCCCUCUGAUUUUGCCUUAGUUUCAUUGUCAUAUCAAAUAGCUUGUUAAAUGGUGUCUUGUAAAAUCCCCCCUCUCUCUUUCUCCUUCCUCUUCUCCAUCUGUUAAGUCAAUGAGCUUUAUUGCCAUCUUCAUUCAGUAUCUUACAUUGCCCAAGCGCGAUCACAUAACUCUUUCUCUCUCUCUCCUCUCUCCUCUGUCUCUCUCUCCUCUCUCUCUCUCUCUCUCUUCCUCUGUCUCUCCUCUCUGUCUCUCUCUCUCUCCUCUCUCUCCUCUGUCUCUCCUCUCUGUCUCUCUCUCUCCUCUUCUCUCUCUCUCUCUCUCUCUCUCUCUCUCUCUCUCUCUCUCUCUCUCUCUCUCAGGUAAGAGGAGGUAUAAGCGUCAUGAGGUGGAACAGAUCCACGGUGAGGUCAGGAGGAUGUGUUCUCUCAACAACGUGCUCAACAGUCAGAGGAGUUUUGAGCAUGUGCAGAAGAUCCUGCGUGUGAAGCGUCUCCAGCGCCAGGCCAAGACUGGCAACAACGUCGUCAAGAGGCGACCUGGUCGCCCCCGGAAACACCCUAUUGAUGAAUCUGAACCCAACAAUUAUGGGAGGGAAGAAGGAAGGGGCUUCGGGAUGCCGGUGCUGGAGAGGUGUGUGGACCUACCGGGUAGGCGGAGCUUAAGACCAAGUCCCGUCCCCCAGCCUCUGGAGUUUUCCAAUCACGACUCUAUCUCAGUGGCCAUUGAGACAGUGGUGCACCGAGCACGCUCUCUGGCUCCCCCACCGGUCAGAGGAAGGAAAUGCAGGGGGAGGCGCAGGAGAGAGGAGGGAGGGGAUAUGGCCUUCCACUAG